AUGGCAAGAGGUGGAUCAAUUCGUGAUUUGGAUGAACUUAUUGAAGAUAAUAGAGGGGGAAGAUUAUUUCGUGAAACAGCUGGAGAGGGUGGAAAUAGUGGCGGGAGUGGUAAUAAUGGUAGCAGUCACUCUAAGAUUGGAAGAAGAGAGCCUCGUUCACGUGGUGAAGGAAGAAGACGUGAUAGGAAAUCAAAAGAUUCUGUGGGACCGUUGACAACUCCAACACCAGACAAUUUACCAAAGGCCUUUUAUCAAGCACCAGUUAUCCUUGAGCGUAGGAUUCAAAAAACUGAAGCAACAAGUUCAAAACAAGUAACUAAAGCUUUAGAAGAAAUCACUUCACAUACCACUGUUGCUCAUAGUAACAAUAAUCAUAUUCGUAGAAAUUCGUUAAUUAAUAAUGGUUUGUUAGAAAAUAUCUUAAGUGAUCUUCCUGGUCAUUUUGUUGUUGGUGUUUGUGGGCCUCAAGGUGUAGGAAAAUCUACAAUUAUUUCAUCUUUAUGUGAAGAUCCUCAAAAUGCUUUUCCUUCUCAAAGUAUUGAUUCAUUAAAUUUUGCUAGUCAUGAAACUAAUGGCAUUGAUAUUCAUGUCACUCCUGAAAGAAUUAUACUUUUGGAUGCUCAGUCAUUACAACUUUUAGUAUUUUUAUAUUCAGUGUGCAAUGUUUUAAUAGUAGUCACUGAAAAUAUUGAUUAUACAAUGUGGAAUUAUUUAAAAAAAGCCGAAAUGUUGAAAUAUCGAAUUCCGGAAUUUCCAUCAAUUCCUUCUUUACCUUCCGCUGAUAUUGGUGCUGAAUAUUAUCCUGAUAUUGGUAGAUGUUUAAAAAGAACUCUUUCAUUAUCAAAAACAUUAACAAUGUAUAAAAGUUUAGAAGAUAGGUCGUCACCAAAUUUAUUUCUUUUGCCCUAUGAAAAUAAAAUAUUUGGUAGAUUGAACUAUCUGAGUGCACCAGAAACAUUUUCUGUUCUGACUGAAUCAUUAAAAAAUCAAAUUUUUGAAUUGCCCAAAAGAAAUGGUAAAAAAGGACAAGUUUCUGAAAGAGAAUGGUUUAGAAGUGCUUUUAAAGUUUGGGAUAUUGUUCGAAAGUCUGAUUUUCUUACAGAUUAUGGAAAACUUGCACAAAAAUUAAGAGAGAUGUGA